UUAUUUUGAAGCGAGGCAAGAUGGCGGAUUACGACCUCACCACCAAAAUUGCACAUUUUCUCGACCGGCAUUUGGUUUUUCCUCUCUUGGAAUUCCUAUCUGUGAAGGAGAUCUACAAUGAGAAGGAACUACUUCAAGGGAAGCUGGAUCUACUCAGCGACACCAACAUGGUGGACUUCGCCAUGGACGUUUACAAAAACCUGUACCAGGACAAGGAAAUUCCUCACUCCUUGAGAGAGAAGAGGAGCACUGUUGUGGCUCAGCUGAAGCAGCUCCAGUCAGAAACAGAGCCGAUAGUCAAGAUGUUUGAGGACCCUGAGACGACUCGGCAGAUGCAGUCUACAAGAGAUGGAAGGAUGCUCUUCGACUACCUGUCAGAGAAGCACAAUUUUCGUCAAGAAUACCUGGACACUCUUUACCGCUAUGCUAAGUUCCAGUACGAGUGUGGCAACUACUCUGGCGCUGCAGAGUAUCUCUACUUCUUCCGUGUGCUGGUACCAUCGACAGACCGGAACGCUCUGAGCUCUCUGUGGGGAAAGCUGGCGUCCGAGAUCCUGAUGCAGAACUGGGAUGCUGCGAUGGAGGAUCUGACCCGACUCAGAGAGACAAUUGACAACAAUUCGGUGAGCUCUCCACUCCAGUCUCUCCAGCAGAGGACCUGGCUCAUCCACUGGUCGCUCUUCGUCUUCUUUAACCACCCGAAGGGCAGAGACAACAUCAUCGAGCUCUUCCUCUACCAGCCCCAGUACCUGAAUGCCAUUCAGACGAUGUGCCCACACAUCCUGCGAUACCUCACGACCGCGGUGAUCACUAACAAAGACGUGCGGAAGCGCCGACAAGUGCUGAAGGACUUGGUGAAGGUGAUUCAACAGGAGUCGUACACCUACAAAGACCCAAUUACCGAAUUUGUCGAGUGUCUUUAUGUCAACUUCGAUUUCGACAGUGCCCAGAAGAAGCUGCGGGAGUGUGAGUCGGUUCUGGUGAACGACUUCUUCCUGGUGGCCUGUCUGGAGGACUUCAUUGAGAACGCCCGACUGUUUAUUUUCGAGACGUUUUGCCGCAUUCACCAGUGCAUCAGCAUCAGCAUGCUCGCCGACAAGCUCAACAUGACGCCAGAGGAGGCGGAGCGAUGGAUCGUCAACCUGAUCCGGAACGCCAGACUGGAUGCCAAGAUCGACUCCAAGCUGGGUCACGUGGUGAUGGGCAACAACGCUGUGUCGCCGUACCAGCAGGUGAUUGAGAAAACCAAGAGUCUGUCCUUCCGCAGCCAAAUGUUGGCCAUGAACAUCGAGAAGAAGGUCGCUCACAGCAACAGGAACGAGACUCCAAACUGGGCAGCUGCAGACUCUGGUUUCUACUGAAGCAAAGGAAAAGAUACUUAUUUAAUAUAACAAGGCUGCUUUUUUUAUGUCCUCCAUUGUGACUUUGUUUUACGUUAUUACCCUAUCGAUAGGGGGCGCUAAUGAGCCUCCCCAAUAACUUGUUUUAUCUCUUUCACUCUGACAUUGUUCACUCAAACGGUGUUCAAUUAAAAUGGAACGUCAACUUGUGUCGCGUCAGUU